CCCAACAUGCACGGAACCCUUUCGACAUGCGGCCGGCCGUGUCCUGUGCCAUACGAGCCUGCAGGAGACCUUGGCCCAAGCAUGGGCUCCGUGCCCAGGCGCUUCGGCGAGCGGUCUCCAACCUGCCUCGUCUCUCCGAGGAGACCGUGGCGGAUGACAAGAAGUACGUGGACCUGCCUUCGCUGGUGAAGCAGCUUCGCGAGGAGCUGCCGCCGCAGCCGGGGGUCGGAGCGCCCAUCAACGGCUCGGUGGUCGCCCGAGUCAAGAAGGUCCUGCAGUCCGUGCAGCUGAACCCGCGGGAGUGGCAGCAGCACGCGGUGUUCCGCCGGGGGCGAUACACCAGGAACAUCGUGGGCUACUCUCCGAAUCAGUUCAUUGCCUUGCUGCUCUGCUGGGAGCGAGGACAGCAGAGUCCGAUCCACGACCACUCGGGUGCGCAUUGCUUCAUCAAGAUGCUGAGCGGCCAGCUCCAGGAGCAGAAGUUCCUCUGGGCGGCAGAUGGCAAUGCGGGUGCCGAGGUGGACGAGCCCGGGGUGAUGGACGCCGCGAAGCCGGAGAAGAGCGUCAGCUUUAUGCACGACUCCCUGGGGCUUCAUCGCAUCUCCAACCCCAGCACGGAGGAGGUGGCGGUGUCUCUGCACAUCUACUCCCCGCCCUUCCGGGAGUGCCUGGUCUUCCCCCCCGGCGGAGCACCCAAGCCUUCCCCAAUGGUCAGCAUGUUCGAGCCGGACUCGGCGCCCAACGAAAAGGUGGCAGCCGACAGCAACAUCAUCAGCUUGCAGAGCUUCUGCGAUCAACUCAGCGGGCUCAAAAACUCUGAGGACAAAGACUCCCAAAGCCAGCUGCACGCCAUCCUGGACCUGCUGGUCUCCGCGGAGAUGACGGAUCUGGAAUGGGCCUCUUAUGCGAGCCCCGCGCAUUUCAGCGAGUUCUACCCGGUGCAGCACAUCAUCCACUGUGACGAUGAGUUCUCCGUAGUCAUCACUUGCUGGAGCCCUGGCCAGAAGGUGCCGCCUCACACCGUGGGCCGAGGCCGCAUGAUGUGGCUGAAAGUGAUGCAGGGGAAUCUCCUCUUCCAGGAGUUCUCGCCUGGCCUCUUCCCUUGGGAGAGCGACGUGGAGCGGUCCACGGAGCUGGGGGAGGGUUCCGCAAGCUUCCUGGAGGUCGGGGCCUGGUUGCGCCGGGCCCGAUACUGUGAGGAGUGCGGAGUGCGGAUGCACGACCUGAAGAACCUCAGUGACACCCAGCCGGCCGUCACAAUUCAAGUCUUCUCUCCGCCUCUCACAUCGUUUACCUUCCACUCAGAGAAGGGCACCGAAAGGAAGGAUCUCCCACGACUGGUAGGGCAGGGCCCCGCGGGCAUGGAGGGCUUCUCCGCGCAGGCGCUGGGCCGCACGGCCGGGCGGUGGUUCUUGUCCUUCCGCGGCUUGCAAAGUCUGCUGAACCAGGAGUUCUCGAGGCAAGACGUGAAGCCGCAGACCGUGGCAACGCUGCUGACCAAGGCGGUGUUCAACCCGCAAGAGUGGAGGGAGCGGUUGUCCAACGCGAUGCGGCAGCAGACCAUGGGCGGUUGGCCCAAGCACGUGCUGGUGGCGCAGGAGAAGCACUACACUAUCAUCCUCUCCUACUGGGGCACCGGCGCCGAGCGGUCGGUGGCCAUUGAAGGCGGCACUGGCAUGAGCUGGACGCUUAUCCUGGAAGGCGAGCUGGAAGAACAAACCAUCGGCCUAGGGCGCGACGGUAGCGACAGCCCCUCCGUGCUGCGGUCCAGCGUGCUGAAGGAGGAGAGCUGCAGCUUCCUCAGCAGCUUCGAGACCUCGGGGGCCACCGCCGACAUCGUGGAGCGCGCCCACGGCGCGGAGACGCCCUGUGUCUCCUUGCAUGUCUACCAUCCACCUUUGCCGGAGGCGUGGAUGAUGGGAUAGCCGGAGCCCCUGAGUUGCUUUGCGGAGCUUUGCCGCACGUUGGCAGAAGCCACAGUCGCAAAGGCUCAACUCGCUGGGUACCCUGUUGGGGGA